ACUAGUCAUGGGGUGGGGUGGCUGAUGUCUUUGCCUUUUCCUGCCCCUGGCUCUCACCCCUGGGACUUACAGACAGACAGGCAGGCAGACAGACAGAGAACGAGAGAGAGGACUAACACACAGAGGCCUCUCUCACUAUAUCAUCCCUUCACUGGAAAAAAAAACAUCUAACUUUUGUUAUUUAUUCAAGUGAUCGUAUUGAGAUUAGAACUCUCUUUUGAAAGGGGAGACCUGCCAUAGUACGACGGCAACUAAACCCGACACUCCAUCCUAAUCUACCUGGAGUUCCAGGCUCUUUCUAAGCUGUGAGGUGCUGUGGAAUAGCAGCAUGGGUAGACCCACUAUGAGCCGUGCCACUGCCCUGCUCACACUCCUGGCCUGUCUGGUUGUCUUAGAGGCCCGUCAUGAGCCAGGAUACUGUGCCUUCUACGAGGAGUGUGGUAGAAACCCAACGGUGGCGGGAUCCCUCCUCCCCCCCAUAAUCCCCUGCCUCAACUACAGCCGUGCUCGAGCCCUCGAGGGGGAGCACUACCAGCAACUCAAAAAGGUGUGCCCCAUGCUGGACCGUGGAGAGGGCAGCACCACCGCCUGCUGCUCUAUAAAGCAGCUCAAGUCCCUGGAAAUGAGCCUGAUGCUGUCCAAGGCAGUGCUCAUGCGCUGCCCCUCCUGUGCUGACAACUUUGCCCACCUCCACUGCAUCAACACCUGCAGCCCUGACCAGACCACAACCAUUAACGUGACACGCACCAUGAACAUCACCACCUUGGGGAUUGUCAAAGAGGCUGUGGUGGGUUACCAGGCCUACUUGUCCACCUCGUUUGCCGACAAAUCCUUUGAGUCCUGCAAGAACGUGAGGAUUCCCGCCACGGGGGGGUAUGCCAUCGCUACCAUGUGUGGACGCUAUGGCUCAGCACUCUGUACGGCUCAGCGCUGGUAUGACUUCCAGGGAGACUCCAGUAAUGGACUGGCCCCACUGGACAUCGACUUCAGGCUGAUCCCAGAAGGGGUCACCGAGGGGAUACCCGAUGGGGUAGUACCUUACGCUGGGAGGGCGCUGGGGUGUAACGAGAUGACCCCAACAGGGGCAGAGGUUUGCUCCUGCCAGGACUGCCAGGCCUCGUGCCCGGUCGUACCCUCUCCCCCACCCCCCGCAGAACCCUUCACCAUCGGGGGGGUGGACGGCUACCUGGUGCUAUGUGUGAUCUUCCUCUGCGUUCUCAUUCUAGCCUUCCUGCUCUUUGUGCUCUCCACCUACCUCCUGAGGAAGGAAGAGGGCAAGGACUCUGAGAAAGGGAAAGGAAAGGGGAAAGGGAUGGAUAAGAAUGGGAACAACGUGAGUGAGAGGCUGAUUGAACCGUGGGAGGUGACGUGUACAGACAAGAACAGCCUGGCUACUCAGGAGUUCCUGGGUUCUGGGUUCCGGGCAUGGGGCACCCUCGUCGCCUCACACCCCCUCAAGGUGUUGCUAGCGUCGGCUGUGGUCACAGCUGCCUUCGCCACAGGACUCAUGCACAUUGAACUGACCACUGACCCGGUCCAGUUGUGGUCAGCCCCAAACAGCCGUGCCCGUAUGGAGAAGGACUUCCAUGACAAGCACUUUGACCCAUUCUUUAGAACCAACCAGAUGAUCCUAACAGCGCCGGGCCGACCUGGUCACUUCUACGACUCGUUGCUGUUCGGGAAGCAGAACUUCAGUGGAAUCAUUGCCAAAGACCUGAUCCUGGAACUUCUAAAGCUGCAGAAAAAGAUUCAGAACAUUGAGUUCUGGUCGAAUGAUCUGAACCGUAUGGCAAGUCUGAAGGAUGUGUGCUUCGCGCCCCUCAACCCCUCCAACCCCUCCCUGACUGACUGUGCUGUCAACAGCCUGCCCCAGUACUUCCAGAACAGUGUGGACAACCUCAACGCUAAAGUCAACAUGACGGAGCUGGGAGUGACCAAGGAGGUGGACUGGAGAGACCACUUCAUCUACUGCGUCAACUCUCCCCUGUCGUUCAAAGACAUCACUGACCUGCAGUUGAGCUGCAUGGCUGAUUAUGGAGCACCAGUCUUCCCCUUCCUCGCAGUGGGAGGAUACGAGAAUGAAGGCUACACUACAGCAGAAGCUCUCAUCCUGACAUUCUCCCUCAAUAACUACCCUCGAGACAACGUUAAGUUCAAGGUGGCCCUGGAGUGGGAGCAAAGGUUCCUGGACAUAGUCCAAGAGUACCAGAAGAGUCCAGGCAACCCGUUCACCUUUGCGUACAUGGCUGAGAGGUCACUGGAGGAUGAGAUUAACAGGACGACAGCGGAGGACAUCCCCAUCUUCAUGAUCAGCUAUGCUGUUAUCUUUGUGUACAUCGCUGUGGCUCUGGGGGAGUACACCUCCUUCAGUCGAAUACUGGUGGACUCGAAGUUCCUGGUUGGUCUGGGUGGUAUCCUGGUGGUGGGCUGCUCUGUCCUGGCCUCCAUGGGUUUCUACGCCUGGAUCGGUAUCCCCUCCUCUCUGAUCAUCCUCCAGGUUGUCCCCUUCCUGGUGCUGGCCGUAGGAGCUGACAACAUCUUUAUCUUCGUCCUGGAGUACCAGAGGGACGCACGGAGGCCAGGCGAAAAGAGGGAGGAGCGGAUCGGACGUGUCCUUGGAAAUGUAGCUCCCAGCAUGCUCCUGUGCUCUCUCUCCGAGUCUGUCUGCUUCUUCCUGGGCGCUCUGAGCACCAUGCCUGCUGUCAAGUCCUUUGCUCUGUACGCUGCCCUGGCUGUGCUCAUGGACUUCGUGCUGCAGAUGACGGCCUUCGUGGCGUUGCUGUCCCUGGACGCCAGACGGCAGGACGGGAACCGCUGCGAGCUGGCCUGCUGCGUCUCCGUCAAGACCACGGCCCCCUCCAAACCCAACGAGGGUUUCCUUCUGCCCGCCAUGAGGAAAUACUAUGCCCCCGUCCUCCUCCACCCCGUCACCAGGGUCAUAGUGAUUGUUGUGUUCAUCUUUAUGUUCAUCUCCUCCAUCUACCUGAUGUUCUAUGUGACAGUGGGUCUGGAUCAGGAGCUGGCUAUGCCCCAGGGUUCCUACAUGUUGGAGUAUUUCAAGUACCUGUAUGCGUACUUUGAGGUGGGCGUCCCAACCUAUUUUGUCACGACAAAGGGCUUUAACUUCACCAGCAUAGCGGGUAUGAAUGCAACCUGCUCCAGUGUGGGCUGUGACCCCUUCUCUCUCACUCAGAAGAUCCAGUACGCCACUGAAUACCCUGACCUAUCUUACAUGGCCAUCCCAGCAAAUUCGUGGGUGGACGACUUCAUUGACUGGCUAAACCCUGGAUCCAAAUGCUGUCGGCUCUAUUCCAUCGGUCCUAACAAAGGGAAAUUCUGUCCCGCGAGCGAAUCGGCCUUCCUGUGUGGGCAGAAGUGUAUGAAGACUCCCCUUAACGGGGUACUGAGGCCCGACAAGGAGCAAUUCAACCGCUUCCUACCAGACUUCCUAGGCAACAGGCCCGACCUGCAGUGCCCUAAGGGAGGUCUUGGAGCCUAUGAUAAGGCUGUGAUCACAGAUGAGAGUGGAGAAAUUAUAGCCACCAGGUUCAUGGCGUACCACACGGCCCUGACCACCUCCAAGGAGUUCACUGCAGCUCUAAAAAUAGCCAGAGAGCUGGCCCACAACAUCACCCUCAGCAUGAGAUCCAUACCUGGCACAUCCCAGGACUUUGAGGUCUUCCCCUACACGGUGACCUAUGUGUUCUAUGAACAGUACCUGACCAUUGUGUCUGAGGGACUGUUUAACAUCUCCCUGUGCCUACUGCCAACCUUUGUGGUGUGCUGUCUGCUGCUGGGCAUGGACCUGCGCUCCGGCGCUCUCAACCUCCUCACCAUCAUCAUGAUCACCGUGGAUACCGUGGGCGUCAUGACACUGUGGGGCAUCGACUACAACGCUGUGGCUCUUAUCAACCUGGUCACGGCGGUGGGUAUCUCUGUGGAGUUUGUAUCUCACAUGACACGAUCCUUUGCCAUGAGCAUCCAGCCUACACAUGUAGAGAGAGCCAAGGAGGCUACUGCUACUAUGGGCAGUGCGGUGUUUGCUGGCGUCGCCAUGACGAACCUGCCUGGCAUAGUUGUGUUGGCAUUUGCCAAAGCCCAGCUCAUCCAGAUAUUCUUCUUCCGUUUAAACCUGGUUAUCACUCUGCUGGGCAUGGCCCAUGGCCUCAUAUUCCUGCCCGUGCUGCUCAGCUACUUUGGUCCUGGAGUGAAUAAAGCAGUGUUGCUACGGCUACAACAGGCCAAGGCCCAGGAGCUGGAGCUGAGUAGCAACGCCAAGAACAUCUACGACAACAUCGGCUACGAAAACCAGGAGAACAGCCCCAACCCCCAUCACCCCGUACGAACCCCGCACCACUGAGAACCUCAAAAAGGUUGCGAUAGAAGAGACAAUACCCCACCCCCUCCCCACACAGAGACAAUCUCUGAGGAACAGCUGGAUAAAGUGGUGAGAGUGGGCCAUUUCUGAACACCACCACCUAACCAACUGUUUCCAGGUUAUCUACAUAUACCUCCAUAACCAUAGGAACCGCAAGAGCCCGAAGCAAGGACAAUGUAUGUGGCAAAGCAGGGUCUAAUAGAGAUUCUAUAUAUUGAGCCAUAUGUGCAGAUCUUCAUCUAUGGCACUAGCGGCAAUGUCCCAUUAUUCAGGAAAGGCAGGACUGAAGGCCGCAAUAGACACGACCGUGCAAUAUCUACUACCAGAUGAACUGUGUGGAGUGGAGAUACAUAACCACGCACUGAGCUGAGGGACCUAUUGGUCGUUCAACAGAGACAUCACUUAUAAUAAAUAGUAUACUGUGUAAUGUAGACAUGUAGUCUCUCAUCUCCAUAUUCUGCAUGUGACAGUUUCUGCCUGGGCAGGAGGAACUGGCAGGAUGAUUUCUGCAUUGCAAAUUAGGCAGGCACAAAGUGGUUCCUAGUGAGAAAUUACAUACAAAUAUGCUAACAAAAUUAUUUUUUUAUACUAUUAGAAUUGUUUUAUGUGUCAGUUAAAUGUAAAUGUAUGAACAAAAUCUGUUCAUCAAGUAUUCCCACGAAUAAAAAAGAGAUGUGAUCAUGUCUGAAUGUAAUCAAGGUAAGAAAGUAUAGUUAUUUUCAAAUACAAUCUCUUUUUGAUUGUGGUCAAUUUGCAGUGUACAAAUUAUUAUAAUUAUGUUUCGGUUCCCCUUCCAUCCACUCCGACAAAAUUCGGCCUGCAGCUGAAUCUAGUUGCUUUCCCCUAAAUUACAGUAAGAGAAAACACUCCAGUAAAUCAUUAUUUUCUGUAUUGUUUGUAAAAAAAUAUUGUGAAAUGACUAUUAAACUUGUCUGUAAAGUA